AUGGAACCAGUUGUCGACAACACGACCAGGGCCAGCGAUCUAGUCAGCCAUUAUGCUUCGGACGUCGCCGGGAAAACCAUUCUCAUUACUGGGCCGUCCCCAGGCAGCCUUGGUGACAGUUUUGUCCGGCAGGUCGCGACUGGAAAGCCGGCCAUGUUCAUUCUUGCUAGCAGAUCCAUUUCUAAGCUCAAUAACCUAGUAGAUGAUCUCAGAUCCUCUCAUCCGGAAGUCAAGGUGAAAACUCUUCCGUUGAACCUUCUUUCUUUUGCCGACGUGCGCAAAGCCGCCGAAGACCUCAACUCGUGGCAAGAUGUCCCGCACAUUGACAUACUAGUCAAUAACGCUGGCAUCAUGGCGGUUCCGUAUGCCCUGACCGACGACGGUUUCGAAAGCCAAUUCCAGACCAACCACUUGAGCCACUUCCUCUUCACCAAUCUCGUUAUAGACAAGCUCUUAGCCUCGCCAUCAGGGGCCCCAAGGGUGGUUUGUGUCAGCAGCGGGGCUCACGGAGUUGGUCAUAUCCGUUGGACAGACUACAACUUCAAUGAAGGAAAGCAUUACAAGAGGUGGUUUGCAUAUGGGCAGUCUAAGACGGCAAACGCCCUGAUGGCCAUUGGCCUUGCACAGCGACUGGGUAGUCAAGGACUUCUGGCUUUCUCGCUAUGCCCUGGCCGAAUCACCACCAACCUUGCAAGCCAUGAGGCUGACAAUAUGGCGGCAUUCGUCGAAGAUCUCAUGGAGGCUCAGAGAAUCUACGGAAAUAAGAGUAUGUGGGGAUUCGACGGCGUCAGAAGGAAGGAUUUAGACCAAGGGGUCUCAACCCACGUCUUGGCUGCAUUCAACACGACUGUUUGCAGUCCGGCUAGCAACGGCGCCUUUCUGACUGACUGUCACAUUGCGGAUCCGUAUAAAGAAGAAGCUUACCCUUGGGCUACCAGCAAGGUAGAGGCAGACAAGCUAUGGAAGUUGAGUGAGGAGCUUGUUCAGCAGGAGUUUUCUUACUGA